GAGGAGGGAGGGAGAGAGAGAGAGAGAGAGAGAGAAAGAGAGAGGAGGGGGAGGAGGAGAGAGAGAAGAGGAGAGAGAGAGAUUGAAGGAAAGAAUGAGAUGAGGGCCCGGGAGAAUGAGAGACAAAGCCAGGAGAGGGAGGAACAGGAGGAUGAAAGACAGAAGGUAGGAGAGGAGAGAGAGAUGGUGGGGGGAGAGCCCGCCUGCCCAGGGACAGAAUGAGCUUUUCGUGCAGACCAGAGCCAGGUAAGGCGCAAACUGGGUAAGAGGGAGAAAGAUGAAAGGGUAGGGUAAAGAAGCAACAACGGUAGAAAGACAAGGGAGGCUGGCCCGAAGCCAGGGAGCCCCAGAACUGGAGGUUGGGGGGCGGGGGGGAAGACACCCACCCAGAUGGACGGACCUCCUUUGAGCUCAGAGCAUGGCGGGAGAAUGGGUGGCUGCUCCACAGGCCCACCUCCAAGCUGACUUUGGCCUCUUUCUCUCGCGAAGGCUCAGCCUUCUCACUUGUUCACCUGCAAAAUGGGGUGCCAGCAGCACCUCCCUCCCUGGGCUGGGAGGUGGCAGAGGAACCUGGGGCUCUCCCAGCCCUGGCCUUAUCAUUCCUCUGGAUGCAUAACUGUCAUCAUCCUUAAUGCCAAAAGGCAAAAGAAGGGGAAGCUUCAAACUGCAGACCCCCUCAGCCCUGGCGACAGACCGCACUGCCUGACCAGAAAGGGGAGGGGGGAGCAGCUGUACCCAGCAGGCCAAAUUCCUACACAGCUUCCCCCCUGCAGCCUGGGAGCCAACUCCUCUCUGUCGGGGAGAAUCAGAUGGCUGGACUUCUGGAUUGGAGGGAGGAGGCUGGGCUCUGGAACCCUGGGCCUGAGGGAGGAGGCUGGGGUCUGGACCCCUGGGUCUGAGGAAGUUGGGGUCUGGAAUCAUGGGUCAGAGGAAGGAGGACUGGGGCCUGGGCUGCGUCUGAGUGAGGAGGCUGGACCUGUAUCCAUGGGUUUGAGGGAGGAGGACUGGAGUCUGGACUCCUGAGUCAGGAGUGAGUCUGGGUCUUCAGAGUCAGAGGGAGAAGGGGUGAAACCUGGACCUCUGGGUCUGAGGGAGGAGGCUGGGGUCUGGACUCCUGAGUCUGAGGGAGGAGACUGGGGUCUCGACUCCUGGGUCUGAGGGAGGAGGCUGGGGUUUGGAAAUCCUGGGUCUGAAGGAGCAGUGAGUUUGGGACUCCAGGGUCUGAAUUCAUGGGUUCCUUGGGGAGGAGGGGGCCGGGGGCCCAGACUCUUGGGUCCUGGCACCCACCCGUAGAACCGACCUUGCGGGGCCUUCGCCGCACACAAGCUCGUGUCUGUGGGUCCGUGUCGGGGGCUCGCCAUCACGGCUGGGGCCUCCCCGGCCCUCCCCACCCUCCCUGGCCCUCCUGGCCUCCCAUCUGUCCAUCUGUCCACCUGCCGCGCCCCCCGGGCUGAGGUAGGAGGUUGUAUAGUUGAGGAAGACACCCAAGGAGAUCACUAUACGGCCUCCUAGCUUUCCCCAGGCUGCGCCCUGCCUGCAUGGGACGCCCUGCCUGCCUCGGGGACCUCCUCCCCCUGGCCCACACCACCAUCGCUACUGCUGCUGCCACCGCCCUGACCCUGGGCAGAGCUGGGCCAUCUUUGCUGUCCACAGCCCUGCAUCCUGGCCUUUCCCUCAAAGACUUUCUCUGUUUUUCUGUUUCUUUUGUCUUCAGUGGCUUUCUGGACCUCUGGCCAUCGUGUCCCAUUUCUGUCUCUGGCUACUGACACCCAUGUCUUUUCUCCCUUGUCCCUUGCCCCUGCCCCUGGCCAAGGGCCUGUCCCGUCCACCAUCCUCUACACUGCCGGCCUCUGGGUCCCUGAGACCCUUUAACCUGUGAGGACAUCCAGGGUCACAGGUGAGGAUCUUGGGAGCCCGGCGCCUGGCCCAGCCACACACCUAGGCCGACUGGUGAGCCCUGACAACAUUCCUCUACACAGAGCCUGACAUGUGACCCCCCCUAACUGAAACCUAACCUCUGACCUCAGGCCACUUGCCCCCUCCCUCAUUCUGCAGUGUGAUCUCACAAAGGUCACCAGCUUCUGCACCAGACCUUGAGAGCUCCAAGAUGGCCCUGGCAGCCUUGGUGAACACUGUGGUCUCUCUCCUCCUGGCCCUCCUGGUCUUCCGGGUGUCCACAUGGGCCUGUCUCCUUUGCUUUACCACGUACUCGGAGCGCAUCCAGAUCUGCAAAAUGUUUGUCGGGGGGUCAGGAUCGAAGACCAAGGCGUGCGAGAAAACCCUCGAGCUGUCCUUCAACAGUUUGCAAUCUCUGGAAAUUGAUUACGACCAGCGAAACUACGUGCACGACACCUUCCUGCAGAUGGGAUACUCCCUCCAGGAGAUGGCUACUGCCAAAUGGACCCAUAGAGAAGCAUUCCAUGAAGCUGCAGUAAAAAUGAAGGUGUUCAUUUCACAACUUAAAAAAGCCCAUACCUGCAUCCCUCCAUGUGGGGUCCAGGAGCUCACCCGGCGUUUCAUCUGCAAUGGGUGCUACUCCCUCAUCUGCAAGCUCCCGCUGAACUGUCCAAUUCAGGACGUGAUAGUCAAUCCUGGGGACCAGGCUAUGUUUUCUUGCGUUGUGGACUUCCAGUUGCCAAAGGAACAGAUCUCCUAUUCCUGGAAGUUCGCCAAAGUCCGGACUCAGGAUAUGUCCUACUUCCACGACCUGCCGCUGGCCCAAGGGUUCGUGGCGCGGGUCCGCCCGGUGAAGUACAGCCACAGAGGGACCUACUCCUGCAUGAUCAAGCACGACUUGCGCCCCUUGGCGCGGCUCUACUUCUUCCUCAACGUCACUGGCCCGGCCCCGCCCGGGGAGUCCAAGCUCCAGAUCGCCUUCCGGGAAGUGGUGCGCUGGGCGCGGACGAAGCCGGAAGUGAUGGAACCCUGGAAGCCCAGCGUGGUAGAGCUACUGGCUUCUCCCUGGACCUGGACGUGGGAAGACUUGUGCGAGCUAGCCGCCAUCGUGGCUGUCGUGUCCGCGACCCUGACGGUGCUAGUGUGGAUGUUCUGUCGGUGGUAUUGCAGCGGCCCCUAGCAAAGUACUGGUCCCUCAUUCUCCUGUCUCCAUCCCCAAAAUAAAAAGUAUAUUUCAA